UCUCAGCCAUUCUCACCGUAAAAUAACUUACCAUUUCGAAAAGGGAAGUCAUUUUCCCUUCACAGGCUCCUUCAUUUUCCCUUCCCUCUCUCCACACCCAAAAUCAGGGUCCGUUUGAUUGAGCUUUGAUUCCGAGAGAUCUUCAGUUUCCUUUCCGGGGAAAUCACUGCAAAGAAGAGGUUGAAUAUAAUUAGUAUAAAUCGAGAAAAAUCUAAGCAAAAUGAAGAUGGCGAUGGCUGGUUUGUAUAAACGAGUUCUUCCUUCUCCUGCCGUUGAUUUCGCUUCCUCCGAUGGAAAGCAACUUUUCAUCAAAGCUAUUCAAAACGGGACGUUGGAAGGGUUUUAUAGGUUGAUAUCUUACUUUCAAACACAAUCAGAGCCAGCUUACUGUGGACUAGCCAGUCUUUCAAUGGUCUUGAAUGCCCUUGCUAUUGACCCUGGCAGAAAAUGGAAGGGACCUUGGAGGUGGUUUGAUGAAUCUAUGCUUGAUUGUUGUGAGCCUUUGGAAAAAGUUAAAGAGAAAGGAAUAUCAUUUGGCAAGCUUGUAUGUUUGGCUCAUUGUGCUGGAGCAAAAGUUGAAGCGUUCCGCACAAAUCAAAGCUCCUUGGAUGACUUUCGUAUAUUUGUUGUGAGAUGUUCCACUUCUGAUGAGCGUCAUAUAAUUUCAUCAUAUCACAGGUCAAUUUUUAAACAGACGGGCACUGGUCAUUUUUCUCCUCUUGGUGGUUAUCAUGCUGGAAGGGACAUGGCCCUGAUUUUAGAUGUUGCUCGUUUUAAGUAUCCUCCUCAUUGGGUCCCUCUGAAACUUCUUUGGUAACAAUUUAGCAACAAAUAUUAUCACCAAAACUACACAAGGCCUCUUUCUCUCAUCAACAAACUAGUAUUUGGUUGACCUUUUUAUUUGUGUAUUUUUGUUAUGCUCUAACAAAGUUUAUUCAGGUAUAGUUUCUUGAUUUUUGGUUUAGUACAGGUGUUAGCAACAUGUUUACAGUUUUAU